AUGAUAGAUUUCAAGGACCAUCUUGUCGGAAAUCUUCUUGGGCCUUCGGAAGAGGCUCAGCCUGGCCCAUCCCUAGAGGUACAGUGGCAGUUUUUGUCCAUUGAUGAUGAUGAAGAGGAAGAGACCAGGGGUACUUUACCCACAGAGAAUGCUGUUUUGGUCUCUCCCUUACUUGAGAGCCGCGGAUACCGGCUACCAUCUCAGUAUGCGCUGCUCGGGAAGACUGCCAUUGCGGGGGACGCAUUACCGGAUCAUAGGAUUAUGCUGAAUACAAACAUACCGUUCUCGGCCUUUGUCUGUGGCGUGCAGGGUAGUGGCAAAUCGCACACCACUGCUUGCAUGAUCGAGAACUGCUCGAUGACAAUGCCGUCGUUGGGGAUCCUUCAAAAGUCCGUUUCGACUCUUGUCCUUCAGUUUGAUGAGUACAGCUCAACAAUGAGCUCGCAGCCCAGCGAGGCAGCUUUCCUUGCGAGAGUCAUGCCUCAGUAUGCACAAGAGCAGCCAGUCCCAUUGCGUGUGCUAGUUUCUCCAACAAACCUCCACAACCUCCAAAGGAUGUACUCGCAGAUACCCAGCGUCGAGGUUCGACCGUUCAAGAUUCAGCCCAAGCACCUCAACAUAAGUAUGAUGCUUUCGCUUAUGUCUGUCUCUCAGGGUAAUGAAAUGCCCUUAUACAUGCAACAAGUAACCCGAGUCCUUCGAGACAUGGCCAUGGAGAGCGGGGGUUACUUUGAUUAUUAUGAUUUUCGGGCCCGCCUACAUGCCCUCAAUCUCAGUCGUGCCCAGACACCUUUUCUGCACCAAAGGCUAGAUCUACUUGACUCGUAUCUUGAUCUUACCGGAAAGACCUCAGGCGACUAUUUUGUUGACGGCGGUGUCACCAUCCUGGACUUGUCUUGCCCUUUCGUCGACCAGAGCACGGCGUGCGUUCUCUUCCGUAUCACCAUUGAGCUGUUUCUCCACUCCCAUGCGUCGCGAGGGAAGAUGAUCGUCGCUGACGAGGCACAUAAAUACAUGACCGAUACGCCAGCCGCGAAGGUGCUUACCGAGACUUUCCUGACCAUAAUCCGACAACGACGACAUCUGGGAGUCCGUACCAUCAUCUCCACCCAGGAGCCAACCAUCUCCCCUCGGUUGAUCGACCUCUGCUCAGUGACGAUCAUUCACCGAUUCACAAGCCCCGAAUGGUACAGGACGAUUGAACGGCAUGUCCCGAUGAAUCGUCAAAAUAGCGGGCAGCACAGCGAGUCGACUCCUGAUGGGUUCCAUCAAAUUGUUGGCCUACGAACCGGGGAAGCUAUCGUGUUCGCUCCCUCCGCGCAACUCGUAGGGGAGAACGGCGCAGUCAUAGAUACCAAGCAUCAUGCCUUCAAGAUGAGGAUGAGGAAGAGAGUUACGUGGGACGGUGGGAAAACAAUUGUUUGCAUUCGCUAGAAGUAAUAGAGACGGUAGUAGCGUGCCAUGAGUUGAAGAAAAGCCAUUUGAGUCCAGCCUCAGAGUCCAGCCUCAGAGAGGCAACGAAGAAGUGAUAACC